CGCUUCAUCGCUAUCGUAUAUACUUUUUGCGAUUCUAGUGGAAAAUUUUUUCAUUAUACGAUUGUUUUGUAAUUGCCUACUAAGAUGCCUAAAGUUCGCGUUAGUUCAGUGUGGCAACAUUACGAUAUUAACCCGGAGUGUGAAAACCUUGCGAUAUGCCGUCACUGUGGCAGCAACAUAUCGCGUGGUGGCGCUUCAAGCAAUCUAAAAGGAACCAACACAACCAAUUUGUGGACUCAUCUACGAUAUAAACACGGUGACCAAGUAGAUUUUAUUCCCGUUCCACUGAGGAAGCGUCCUUUGCAAAUCAAAGCUCAAGGUAAAAGUACCCGUGUAACGAAGGCAAAACCAGAAAGGGGAUCUAUUCGUGUAGCAAAACCAAAAAUUAUUGAUCCACAAGCAACCGUAACCGGGGCUUUGCCGCAAAAAUGGGAACAGUAUGAGCAAACUGAUGGGAUCAGUGAUGACAUCAAGGAUAUUAUUUAUAGUGAGGACCCGUUGUGUUACAGUCCCAUGAAUGAAAUGGAUGAAGAACCUCGUGAAAGUGUUAUGAUCGGCAAGACUACAGUCGUAUCCACGCCCGCAAUAAGCGCCAGCGCUGCCGUCGCCUCGAAUAGCUUGAAGGGCUCUUUAGAUGUGUGCAUUGAAAGACUGACUACGGUCAGCGAGCAACUGAGUUACAUCGUUCAGCACACCCAGGAGGAACAAAAUAAGGAUGACGAUUACUAUUUUGCAUUAAGUCUUGUUCCCAUAAUGCGUCAAUUGUCCUUGAAUCGAAAACUAUAUGUGCGCGCGAAAGUUCAAGAAAUGUUGUUUAAGGAGACAGAUGGUGUUACGCCCAAAGAAGAGUAGAAUAUUAUGAGGGAGCUAGUAGAACUCAUAAUGAUAAGUAAAAAGUAUAAAUAUAUUGCAAGCUCAUCCAAAAAUAUAUUCCCCAAUAUAUUGUAAAGAUCUGAAGUCUUAAAACUAAUCUGUUUUGAGUUGUAGACAUUUAGUUUUUGAUGUAUAAGAAGUGCUUCAGCUAUUUUGUAAAUGUAAGCAUUAGUUUGAAAUUAACUUUAGAAUUAAUAAUAAUGAUAUUAUUAUGCGAAAUAAAAAGUAUCAAUUUAUAUGUUGUCGUCACUCCGCUUUUCCCCUGUUUCCCGGAAAACUUGCAACCGGCCUAACUAUGUGGUACCAUUAACGAUCGAAGUAUUUCUGAUAUUAUUUACAUACAUACAUAUAUAGUUCGCAAAAAAUGUGAGUUGAGGUUUUAACUUAGGUGCCAUCUUAAAUCGUGCAAUAUGUAAUUACCAAAACAGUAAAAGAAAGGUUUUGGUAAAUCAUGAAAAACGGUUGAGUUGGGACACUCUAUUUGUAUACCUCUAAAGGGCACCAGUGUAUAUUUCGUUUGUGCAAAUUGACAAAUGUAACAGGCAGAAGGAGGCCUGUAUACGCAGAACAAGUGUAUCUAAAAUACUUCUUAGACACACAAUGCCCGUAAAAACGUGCGGACACACCCUUUGGUUUAAAAUAAAGUUUUUAGAAUUUUUUGUGUGAAUCGGUACAGGGUAUCUAAGAGCUGGGUCUGCCAAAUUCUUCAUUGCAUUCUUGUUUUACAUUAAGUUAUCUAAUUAGCUAAUAAAAAUAAGAAUUCAGUUUUUUCUUGAAA